AUUAUUGUGGUGGGUUGGAUCUUAAUCACUUCAGCUGUAGUCUGCAAUGGAGGGAUUACGAGUAGCUUUGUGAGGGUCUCUAAUCCAUCUGUUGAUAUGCCACUUAACAGUGAUGUAUUUCAAGUGCCUCCUGGUUUCAAUGCUCCACAGCAGGUUCAUAUAACUCAAGGGGAUUAUGUAGGGAAGGGAGUCAUCAUCUCUUGGACCACUCCAUAUGAACCUGGCAGCAACACUGUGGUUUAUUGGAGUGAGUACAGCAAGCAAAAAUUUAGAGCAGAGGGCAUCAUCCUAACCUACACCUUCUACAACUAUACUUCAGGCUUUAUCCAUCAUUGUAACAUCAGUGAUUUAGAGUAUAACACUAAAUACUACUACAAGAUUGGCAUUGGAUAUAGUGCUCGCAUUUUUUCUUUUAUGACUCCUCCUGGUGUUGGCCCAGAUAUUCCUUAUACUUUUGGUCUCAUAGGGGAUCUUGGUCAGACUUACAACUCAAAUACAACACUAACACAUUAUGAAAUGAACCCUAUGAAAGGACAGACAUUGUUGUAUGUAGGUGACCUUUCCUAUGCAGAUGACUGGCCCUUCCAUAAUAGUGUCAAGUGGGAUACAUGGGGCAGGUUUACAGAAAGAAGUGCUGCUUAUCAACCUUGGAUAUGGACUGUGGGGAAUCAUGAGAUUGAAUUUGCUCCUCAACUUGGUGAAACUGUUCCAUUUAAGCCUUUUUCAAGCCGAUAUCAUACUCCAUAUAACGCAUCAGGCAGUACUACUCCAUUUUGGUAUUCAAUCAAGCGAGAUUCUGCUCACAUCAUUGUCCUUUCUUCGUAUUCAUCAUAUGGAAAAUCCAGUCCUCAAUACACCUGGCUUCUACAAGAGUUACCCAAAGUGAACAGGAGUGAGACUCCUUGGUUGAUUGUUCUUGUACAUGCUCCAUGGUAUAACAGCUACUAUACUCACUAUAUGGAAGGGGAGACCAUGAGAGUAAUGUAUGAAUCAAUCUUAGUCCAAUACAAAGUUGAUGUCGUAUUUGCUGGUCAUGUCCAUGCCUAUGAAAGAUCUAUAAGUUUCUACACUGAACGUAUAUCAAACAUUGCAUACAACAUAACAAAUGCUAAGUGCACACGUAUAAGCAACCAAUUUGCAUCUGUAUACAUAACUGUUGGCGAUGGAGGAAAUAUAGAAGGGCUAGCAACGAGCAUGACUCAGCCACAACCUUCUUAUUCUGCAUUUCAUGAAGCCAGUUUUGGUCAUGGAAUUUUCGAUAUUAAGAAUCGGGCGCAUGCUUAUUUCAGUUGGCAUCGUAAUCAAGAUGGAUAUGCUGUUGAAGCUGAUUCAUUAUGGCUUUUUAAUAGAUAUUGGUACCCAAAGAAUGAAACAACCACAUCUGUGUGA